UUUGAACGUCUGCUCUCUGUUGCUGCCCUCUGCUGGUCUGCAUAUAAUCUGAUUCUAGCUCUCAGGACACAGUGGAUAUUACUGGUACUAUACAUUUGAGAAUAGCUAUGUGUGAAAAGCUUCUACGGCUACACAUCAUUGUAUCAUAUCUAUAGUCCACAAGAGGCACUGCCACUAUUCUAAAUCAGUAAUCACCGGGGUGUAUCCCCUCACAUGAUUGUUAGCUCCAAGUCAAGCUGGAUUUAUUUCAUUAUCAACAUACAGAUGUUGUGUGGGAACUUAACUGAACCCUGUGAGGAAAUUAUCAGGUUGUUCCCUUCAGGGAGGUCAGAGGUCACUGGACCUGCUAGGGACUCAGUGAUUUACAGAGUAGAUUGUUAACAUGGGUGCUCAACUCUGCCUGGCUGUCUGGCUAUUAAGCCCCCGAUCCACAUUCUGGAGAGUCUGAACAACAAGUGGACUUUCUGGGUUUUGCAAAGCAACCUAAAAAAUCACUAAAAAAGUAUUUAGAAAAUUAAGUCCCCCAUUUUGCAUUUAUCAGCACUAUAUUAACAUUUAGUAAAUAGCUUGCAACACACUCUAAUGUAGGUAUAAGCAGAUAUUAGGACAUUUUAAAGUCUUUAUUAAUGCACAGUAUUGGUCAACAAUAAUAAUUUUUUUAUGAGUACAUAUAUUAUAUUAUUACAAAUGUGUUUUACUUUAUUCAUUAUUUUAUACACCGGCCACCACAUAUGGUCCCUACAAGGUGAGUUAUAGUUGGUGAUAAAUAAAUCAAUAAAGCCUGAUAUCUACUUAUAAUUACACUAUAGUGUGUUAAAAACCUCUUUUUUUUUUUUUUUUUUUUACAGCACAGUAAUAGCUUCCUAUGUUUUUAAACCAAUAAUACAUGAUGCAUUUACAGUGGAGCACAACUUUACACAUGCAGAUGACUCAUUCAUUUCCCUUCAUUUUUCUCCACUUCAAGCAAUGUCCUCCCCCGACACCCCCUAUCUCUCCUGCCGGAGAGGAUGGGUGUGGUACAGUCUCAAAUUACACACACAUUACAGACCUGCUCAACAGGCCCUUGUGCUUCUUCCCCCUGCACCUUCAUUGGUUGAGACCCAACUGCUAAAGUCAACCAGCCUGCUUCCUGCAUGGCAAGUACUUUGUCCGAGAGGAAAUGACAUCACAACACCAAACGCACUGAAAACAGAUGAGCACCAAACAUGUUUCAGAUGUGUUUUGACUUCGAGUUGGACGCAGUUCUGCCUCUAUUCCAAAUUCCUAUGAAGCAAAACAACCAGGCCAUAAAACAGCUUUUGGAACGACACUAUGAAAUAUGUCUGCUGGGCACAAAGAGACGCCGCGAGACACUACAUGUCAAACUCGAACUGUUGUUUUUUUCUCAAACCCUUUGAUGAGUGAUGUGGAAUCAGACUGGUCUCCAAUUCAUGAUGCAGCCUUUAAUGGACGUGUCAUUGCUCUGCAAAGACUCAUUGCUCAGGGUACAUGUGUAAACCUGAACACACUGGAUCAGGUCUCUCCCCUGCAUGGAGCAUGUAUACAGGGCCACGCGACUUGUGCCAAGCUUCUGAUGGAGAAUGGGGCAAAUGUAAACAGUUCAAAUGUGAAUGGACAGACUCCUCUGUCAGAGGCCUGUGCCCGGGGCCAUGCAACCUGCGUGUCGCUACUCCUUCAACAAGGAGCAACUACUUUUGGGACCAGCCUAUCCAGCUCUCCAAUCCACAGGGCUGCAGCCGAAGGUCACCCAGAGUGCAUUGCUCCUCUUGUUCAGUAUGGUGCAGAUGUGGAUCAGUAUAUCGAGCAGUCAGGUUCCCCUCUCCAGGUUGCAUGCUCCAAUCAGCAUCUGAGUACUGUGAGGAAACUGCUUCAGCUCGGUGCCAGUGUGAACAACAGCGUGUCAGGUGACGCACCCCUGCACGUCGCAGCUCGUCUGUCCAGCCCAGAGUUGGUGUCUGUCCUGCUUGAGCACGGGGCCGAUCGCGCCCUCAGGAACCUAGAAGGCAAACAGCCACUGGACCUCGCACCCCCCAACAGCCUGGCGGAAAGGCUGCUGAGACAAGCAGGAGGAGUGUCUCCUCUAAUGCAGCUGUGCCGGCUGAACAUCAGGAAGACUGUGGGCAAGCAAAGGCUGGGUGGGAUUCGCGACCUUCACCUCCCUACACAACUGAAACUGUAUCUUCUCUACCAAUCAGACACACGGGGAGAUGAAAUAUACUGAAAAAUUCAACCAUUUCUCUUUUAGGUCAAUAGGGGGCGGACUUGCAUAAUCUUGUAGUGAGAUGACUACAUCAUGGUUGUGAUAGUAAUCAAAUGUAAUUCUGCUUUGUGACAGAUUCUAAAGAUCAGUUUGGACUUUUAUAUGGAGACUUGAAAGUCUUGGGGCAAGAUUUGAUCAUUAAAUAUUCAUAAACAGCAAUACAUUCAUAUUCAAAAAGCAAAUUAUGGGCUAAUGUGGUCCAAUAAUAUUAUUAAUGCUGGUUUGAUAUACGGAAAUAAUAUUUCCAAUAUUACACAAUUCAUCUAACAUUGCUUUUUUUGGUGACAAAUUCAAAGUUAUCAUGUGAGCAGAUGAACUGACAACACAGAUUACGUAUCUCCAAGUCAUUCCAGAAGAUCCUCUGAUGGUAGAACACACACCAUGACAUGAUUGAUAACACAAAUGUAUUUUUUCACACUGUUACUAUCAUGAUGUAGUCAUACAAAUGAACCACAAUUUCUGUAUUAUUUCAAAUCAAAGCCAUUAGAUAUUAUAGUCGCCUCCUUCUGGCUGGAUGAGAAAGCUAGCUAUCUAACAGUGGGCCUUUGUGUUUCAUAGAUUAUCAUUCAUGCAGUCUCUCUGUGAUUUCAAACAUGGUCAUACUCUUCUGAGGACUUAGUCUAGAUAAUCAGUAACUAUGAGUCAGCAUUCACUGCACACAAACCAGCAGGGGGGCUUGAGCUGCUAAGAAAAUAGUUUUUUCUUCACUAUUUUUCUCUCUUUUAGUUUGCUUUUUGUUUUAAAUGUGUUUAAGUAUUAUUAAAUACUGAAAUUACAACUGUUCAGUUGUACACACUGUGAAAUGUAUAGCUAUUGCAAUAUACUGCACUUUGUAUUUUGCCAACAGGUUAUGUUUAAAAAGAGGCACUAUAUAUAAAUGCCUUUGUAUACAGACUGUGAAGAAGCAUGUUUAUUGUUCACUCACUGUAAAAAAAGGAAUCUAAUGUUGCGUGUUUGCGGUUGUGCACAGGAUGUGUUGUGAUACUAUGCAAAUUAUGUUUCCCCAGAGUCUAAAGUAUCUUUUUUAAAAACAAGCACAACACAAGGAUCAAGCUAAACAAACAAACAAAAAAGAAAAGAAAUGUAAACACUGAAUAUAUUGGGAAUAAAGAAGACAAAACACACCAUAUAUAAUAAAAAAGUGACAGUA